ACUUGUGAUGCGAAGUUACUGGAGAUAUACACUGCCUUUCACAAACAGAGGUUUGAUGAAAUAAGCACAAAAAGGGCAUCAGUUCAUGGAUAUGAUAAACAUGCGUUAGGAGUAAUAACUGAGACAUGAACUAGGAAACUUUUAAAAUGUUUACAUGUAACAUUCACGUGAAACACAGAAGAAAUUAAUUGUAUAUAACACUGAUAGGCAGCUCAAUUUCCCCCCAAAAAUAUGGAACUACAUUCAACACCAAAAUAAUCAGUAACGACCGCUAAGGAAUGUCCAAAUCAGAUGAAAGGGAGCUCGAUUCUCGCCCACUCCUUUGUCAUCCUUGUUUAGGAGACAGAAAACGGUUUACAGCGUCAAUCUAUUGUAUAGAUUGCGAAGAAUGCCAGUGCUCGCGAUGUUACAAAGUUCAUCGCCGUUUUUCAUACAUGAAAGGACACGAUACUAUAGACUUAGAACCUGGAUACACAAUGGCACAUUUAUCUCGACUUCGCAGCUAUAAUAUAUGUGCAGAUCACAACAAAAAGAUCGAGUACAUUUGCAUCGAUGAAAACAAGUUAUGUUGCAGGAAAUGUAAACGAGAAAACCAUAGAAAUUGUAUGAAUGUACAUCAUAUCUGUGAAGUAGCAACUGAGAAUCCUGAGGUGUUCGAGGAUUUAAAGAGUAAAGCUGAUGGACUAAGGAAUCAAAUCAUGACAGUGUCAAAGUUUCUGAAUAAAACUGAAGAAGAACUUGAUAGUGAAAGCCAACUCGAUGACCUAGGAAAAGAAUUACGUGAUACUAAAGAAAAACUUAUGAGAAGAUUAGAAGAAUUUUCUUCAGAAAUGCUUAAAAUCGGACAGGACAGAAUCAAGCGCAAAAAAGAAACUAAUAACAAUGCGGCAACUGCGUGCGAAAAGAUCCAGUCAAAGCUAGAUGAAAUGUUUGAGCUAAUGGAAUUCUGCCAACACACUCCAGUUCUCCAGAAGUUUAUUUUCCAGCAUAAAUUAGAAAUGAAAUUCACAUAUUGUCAGAAAAGAGCUUCGCUACUAUAUGCACAGCUUCGAACUCCUGGUAAGCUAGUCGUGUCAUAUGGCAAUAAGAUGGAAUCAGUAGUACAUUUUAAAUCCAGCUUUGGUAGCGUGUACUUAAAAGACGAGUCCUUGAACUUCAGCGAAAUACCUGAUUACCGAGCAGUCCGCGUGGAAUUAUUCCGCAGCAGAACCUUUCAAAAAAGGUCACACGAAGAUGCAGAUAUGCCACCACGAAUAACAGGAAUUGAUUUCCUUGACGACGACAGACUGGUUAUCACUGACCAGACAAUUAAAACUCAAAGAAUAUACAAUGAAGAACUAGUAGAGGUCAAACGUAAAACGACAUACAGGCAAAUUGAUAUAACAAGGCCUUCAGCUGAAAACUUUGUUGCUAUUCGCUUAAGAUUUGUGCAUUUCUACGAAAGAAAAGACGAGAAAAUAUAUCACAUCAAGCAAGUACCUAUGCAUAUGGAUAACGACACCAUAUCUAUCAAUGAUGCACACUCAUUGUUUGUCUGUGUUUCUGGCGUUACAAGACCUGCAGUUAACAUUUGUGAUUUUGGGACGGAAGGAGAUCUUAACUUCCAGUUGCCAAAAGAGGAUAACCCUUCAACUAAAUCUCUCUUUUUUAAGACAAAUGUCACUGAAAUUCUUGUUGUUUCAUUUAGGGAGAGGAACACGAUCAUUAUCGUUGACACGAAGAGGAAAGCCGCCAAAUGUAUUACGAAUGAUAAAACUAUUUGUCAACCAGGUUAUAUGUGUGUUGGACCUUCUGGUACCUUUUUCUUAUGCUGUUGGUCAGAUAAUAUUGUACAAAUUUCUGCGGAAGGAUCAAUACUCGCUGUGUUCAACACAGGUAUUCCCGAGCCAAAAGUGAUUGCAAUGUCUAAAGAUCAAAGGAAAAUAGGAGCUGCUGGGAAUGGACAAAUACAGGUGUACAACAUCAUACAGGAGUGAGAAAGUGGACAGGCCAAAUAGACCGCAAAAUUCAAUUCAAAUUCUAUAUCUACUGUUGAAGUCAUAUAUCUACCAAUAUCAUGUAAUCUUACAAGCGAAAUGUCCCAGUCAUAUCAUGUAAUUUUACAAGAGAAACGUUCCUAUUUUAUCAUAGUGUAAUAUGCAAUGUGAAUUCAUCUAUGCUAGCUUCUCUUUGUUUGAUAAGUCUUUGCUUGUUAAUUAGCAAUAAUGCGAACAGGUAUAAAAAUGAACAUUAAACUGGUUUAUGAAUGACGCAAGAUUCAGCCAUUUAAUGCCAUUUAUUUCUUUUUGGACCGUUUCCUUCAAUUUGAUUGGCUAACAGAAUUUUUCUACAAGUGUGUAAAACAAAUGUAUUCGGAUAACUUUUGUGCUGCUCCCGAUGUUGGACUACUUUUUUCACUUUUUAUUUAUACGGCCAGUAGUUAAAAAUGAUUGACGUUAAAACAAUGACUAUGAAAAGAAACAAAAGUAAUAUAUGUCAUAUUUUAUUUGUUUUACACACUUGUAAAACCCGAAACUUCGUACACAUAUCUACGAUAACGCCUUCCGGCCGUUAUCGGAUAUGUGUACUUCGGUUUCGGGUUUUACAAAUGUGUAAAAAAAAUGACAUUCUUUCCUUUAAUGAAUGAGCGUAAGUUUCAUCCAUUAAACUGGUAUAUGAAUGAACGCAAGGUUCAGCCAAUGACUGCAAGGUUCAGCCACAAUUUGGGGAUAUAAAUACUUGAUAUUAAUUUUGCAUAACAAGGACAAGUAAAUGAAAUAUUACUCAUUUGAAUAUUUUUUUGUAGGAAAUUGUAAUUGAUAUGAGGUAUCCGAUACAGAAAAAAGAAACUAUUGACUGUUUGUGUUCGAUUGAAUUUAUGUAUAUAAUUUAUUAAACAAUAAAGAUUAUAUGUUCAGAUAAUACGAACAAGUCUUCAAAAAUAACAAAGGAAUUUUAAAAGGAUAAGUAAAAACAUAUACGACAAUAGCUCAACCUCUAUGACUGAAGUAAUAAAAAAGGUAUUUUUA